AUGGACAGGAGCGCAAUCGAGAGCAGAGCAAUCGACAGGAGCGCAAUCGACAGGAGCUCAUUGCAGAGGAGCGCAAUUGACAGGAGCGCAAACGAGAGCAGAGCAAGAGACAAAAGCGCAAUUGAGAGCAGAGCAGGAGAGAGGAGCGCAAUCGACAGUAGUGCAAGAGAGAGCAGAGCGAGAGAGAGGAGCACAAUUGAGAGGAGCGCAAUCGAGAGGAGAGCAACCGAGAGGAGCGCAAUCGGGAGCAGAGCAGCAGAGAGGAGCGCAAUCAAGAGGAGCGCUCACUCUGCUGGAGCAGCACAAUCUAGAGGAGCUCGAUCGAGAGCAGCGCACACUUUGCUGGAGCAGCACAAUCAAGAGGAGCGCACUGCUGAACAGCGCUCACUCUGCUGGAGGAGCACAACUAGCAGCACACUGCUGGACAGCGUAAUUAAGAGGAGUGCACUGCUUGACAGUGCACACUCUGUUGCAGAAGCCCAACUCAGAGCAGCGCAAUCAAAAGCAGAGCAAGAGAGAGGAGCGCAAUCGACAGGAGCGCAGGGGAGAGCAGAGCAGCUGAGAGGAGCUCUAUCAACAAGAGCGCAAUCGACAGGAGAGCAAUCGACAGGAGCGCAAUCGACAGGAGCGCAAUCAAGAGGAGGUCUAUCGACAGGAGCGCAAUCAACAGGAGCGCAAUCGACAGGAGCGCAAUCAAGAGGAGUGCAAUCGACAAAAGCACAGUCGACAGGAGCGCAAUCGAGAGAUGAGCAGCAGAGAGGAGCGCAAUCGACAGGAGUGCAAGAGAGAGCAGAGCAAGAGAGAGGAGCGCAAUUGAGAGCAGCGCAAUCGACAGGAGCGCAACUGAGAUCAGAGCAUUCGAGAGGAGAGCUCACUCUGCUGCAAUGCGCACAAUCGAGAGGAGCGCAAUCGAGAGGAGCGCUCACUCUGCUGGAGCAGCACAAUCGACAGGAGCGCAAUCAAGAGAAGAGCAAUCGACAGGAACUCUAUCAACAGGAGUGCAAUCGACAGGACACAAUCAAGAGCAGCGCAUUCGACAGGAGUUCAAUUCGAAGCAGCGAACACUAUGCUGGAGGAGCGCAAUCGAGAGCAGAGCAAGAGAGAGGAGCGCAAUCGAAAAGAGGGCAAUCAAGAGGAGCGCAAUUGACAGGAGCGCAACUGAGAUCAGAGCAUCCAAGAGGAGUGCUCACUCUGCUGGAGCAGCACAAUCAAGAGCAGUGCAAUCGAAAGGAACUCUAUCGAGAGGAGCGCAAUCAACAGGAGCUCAUUGGAGAGGAGCGCAAUGGAGAGGAGCGCAAUCAAGAGAAGAGCAGCAAAGAGGAGCUCAAUCGACAGGAGCGCAAUCGAGAGGAGAGCAGGAGAGAGGAGCUAUAUCGACAGGAGCACAAUCAAGACGAGUGCAAUCGAGAGGAGCGCAAUCGAGAGGAGCGCAAUCGACAGGAGCGCAAUUCGAGCGCAAUUAGGAGGAGCUCAAUUGACAGGAGUGCAAUCAACAGGAACUCGAUCAAGAGCAGCGCAAUCGAGAGAAGCACACACUCUGCUGGAGAAGCACACACUCUGCUGGAGAAGCACAAUCGACAGGAGCGCAAUGAAGAGAAGAGCAGCAAAGAGGAGCUCAAUCGACAGGAGCGCAGGAGAGAGGAGCGCAAUCAACAUGAGCGCAAGAGAGAGGAGUACAAUCAACAAGAGCACAAUUGA